AUGGCUUCAUCAUCGGAAGAGUUUUGUACGCUCUGUGGACAGCUCCAUAUAACAAAAGUAGCUGAAAUAUGGUGUUAUGACUGUCAAGAUUAUCUUUGUUCUGAUUGCCGAAGACCUCAUAGUGUUUCAAAAUUGUCUAAACGACACACUUCAGUUGCAAUUGACGAGUACAGGGCAUUUCCAGCCUACAUCCGAUCAAUUAAACACGUCUGUAUGGAACACGACGAGCAGUUUGAUUCUUUCUGUCGAACACACAACGUUACUUGUUGUAGAAAGUGCAUAUUUUUAGAGCACAAAUCUUGCACAGACGUAUCACUCUUUGAAGAAACGACGCUAAACACCUUACACGCAACAAAAUUAUCGAACACAGAACAGGGCGUACACGAUGUCAGAGAAUAUAUACAAAAAGUAAAGAAAGACCGGGUUAAUAACAAGCGAAAAAUUUCAAAACAAGAACAAUCAGUAAAAGAAGAUAUAAAUAAAGUUCGUAAAAUAAUAAAUGACCGCCUUGAUGAUAUUGAAAAGACGACUUUGAGCGAACUUUCUAAAGUGGUGCAGACUGAAAUCAAAAGCAAUGAUCGAUCUAUAAAUACAUUAGAUACGAUCGAAACUGAUGUUACAAAUUUAUCACACAACGUUCAACUUUUGAGAGAAAAUGCAACCAAUAUGCAAAUUCUUGUAGGGAUUCAGGCAAUAGAUACAUCAUUGGUGUCUGCUGAACGAAAUCUAGAGACUUUCCGAAAAGAAGGAAAUACAGAUAUUAGAUCAAUCAUAUUUAAGGCUGAAAAUGUUGACACCAUUCUUAAAGAUGUUAAUACCCUUGGUACUUUAGAAAUUUCAAAAACAUCAAGUGGUAUUGAUAUAACUGAGACCAAUUCGGCACAAGCGCAGAUUGUCCCAAUACCUUCAAAUACGCAUUCUACAGUUUCUCUGCAAUUAAAUAAAAUUAUUGAAAUCUACCACACGGAUUCGAAUUAUUUGAUAUGCGGUUGUACAUUCUUGACCAAUCACGACGUGUUAAUAGGUGAAUUUACACGUGAUGGUUACUCUAAUCAAUUGUUUUGGGUCAAUAAACGAGGGUAUGUCAAACGAUUACAAGUUGAGAAAGGCACUCCAAUAUUUGAUAUAGAAAAUGUGUCGAAAGAUGGAUAUACAAUUGCAAUCUCUACCCGAAGUAAUAAAGUUUUUCUUUUAAAUUUGACAAAUUCGAAAAUUACAGAAAUACCAGUUAAUGGCAAAACAAAUGGCAUUUCAUAUCACAAUGGUACACUUUACUGUUGUGUAUCACCCAAAAGGAAUUAUUAG